AAACCUGUGCUUGAAACAGGUAAGGUGAACCUGGACAAACCUCUUCACCUGGUGAUCGAUUCUGUCACGCCGACAUCUGUGCUUCUGUCCUGGGGAACCUACUUAAAGACGCCCUACGAUGGAAACAUCAUGAAUGACUGCUUGGAGGAUGGGCAUUACACCAUCCGCUAUAGAGAAAGAAACAGGAAGUGGAUCUACCAGACCUGCCCCACCUCCGAUACUGUGAUCGACAACCUCAAGCCCAACACACCCUAUGAAUUUGGCAUCCGAUCCAACAAAGACGACCGUAGUGGAAUGUGGAGCAAACCAGUGAUCCACAACACCAACAUGGGAGGCAAAAACAUGCAGAUAACCUACAAGCCCACCCGACCCCUUGUCAAGACUUUGGCUGGACCCCACAGCAGUCUGUUCCCACCUCGACAUGCUCUCCACAACAUAAGCCAGCCAGGACUGCCCAAAAACACAGGCGUUAAUGGAGGUCCCAAGACAUCUUUUGCGCCACCAAUGGGCCAGCAAGGAACUGUGGCUGCUCCAAGAGCCAAUGAGCCAAAAUGGCCUCAGCUCCCAUUCGAUUCAAACAGUCAUGUUAGAAAUGACUCCUCUCAGCUGGUGGAGAUCCCGCCCAUCCUUCCCCAACUCCUAUCCACUAAGCCCUCCCAUCCUUCAGUCACCCCUACCCCUUAUUCCUUACCCAGCAGUGCCCGGACACCCCCACAUGGACACCCCCAAACCAGGGCACCUAGUGCCACUCAGAUGCCACAUAGUUCCUCUGGUAAGAGCAUCCGGAGAGACUCCAUCUCUUCUCUUCCACCCAAACCUGUCGAUUCAGUCCAAACAGUGACCACCAGGAACCAGACGUCACUGGGCAGAUACAAUAUCUCUCUCUCUAAUGGCAUGAGACCUUCUUCCCCCAGGUUUGGUGCCUCCUCCAGAAGAUAUGGGGCUAACGGUGAGCACCAUAAGGGACUUUCUCUCCCCAAACCAGUCAUGUGGUCCACAGCAAGCAUGGGUUCUCCCGCUGCACACCUUCCUAUUCCAGCAGAAAAGCCUAAUCUUGUUGACAAACCUGGAAGAUUAGCAGACAAGAUAACAGACCUGAAUCAGGACAAAGCUUUAAUCUUGAAACCCAAGCUGCCACUUGUAACAGCAAAACCAUCCAAACCAAAGACAACAACAUCUCCCACAGUGACAGCACCCCGAUUUGAGACAUGGGAGAACUCUUCAGUAUUCAGCUCUGUUCCUGCUUCUAAAGUUGAUGCCAUGGGCAAAGAACGCUACAUUGCUCCACAUGUUGUCUAUAAGACGGAUAAGAAACCAGGUGAACCCUGCUCCAUCACCACCUCUCUGAGUUACUUCCCUGAGGAGGAGGCUGGAGAACAAAAUGUCACCAAUCCUCCAAGAACAGCCCCAUCCAACCUCACUGUUGUAACCGUGGAAGGAUGCCCCUCCUUCAUUAUUCUUGAUUGGGAGAAAACAGAUAAUGAGACGACAGAAUACGAGGUUAUCUCAACUACUAAAGGUCCUGAUGGUGAACAGGUUUCCAUUCUGACCACCAACCAGACUCAUACAGCUGUGGAGAACCUCAAACCAGAGAGCAGUUAUGAAUUCAAGGUGAAGCCCAAGAAUGAACUCGGAGAAGGGCCCCACAGCGAACCAGUGACCUUCAACACAGAGUCAGUGGAUCCGCGGGUAAGCGAGAACGUUUCAGGUAUGUGUUUCUUCUUUGCACACUAUUUCUCUCAGCUGAUAAAUUCCUAUCUGUUGAAUAAAUGGAUAAUGUAACAAACAGUCCUAGUAGAGGAAAGUAAGAAAAAAU